GAGGCACACUCUUUAUUACCUGAAUCUAGUAGCAAUGCAGAACAACUCUUUACGAAUCAAGUUUCUAGUUCUCAACAAUUUAAUGAAGGAUUUUCUGAUUCGUUCGAUCCUAUUUUCGAAUCCAACAAUAUACAGCUCGAUGAAGUAAAUGGCGAUAAUUUAUUAAUCGAAGAAAUUAUCGAGCUUUCAACCCGACUUUCAUUG